GGACCAACUACAAGCAGAAAAUUAACAGCUGAAUGAAUAAUAAUAUUAAGAAAAAUGGCUGAGGAAAACAAAGUAAUUCUACAUGGAACAUGGGGUAGCCUUUUUGUUAAGAGAGUAGAACUGGCUCUCAAAAUCAAAGGCAUACCUUAUGAGUAUGUUGAAGAAGAUUUGAGCAACAAGAGUCCCCAGCUGCUCAAGUACAAUCCUGUUCUCAAGAAGGUCCCUGUACUUGUUCACAAUGGUAAACCUGUUUCAGAGUCGCUCGUCAUUCUUGAAUACAUCGAUGAAACCUGGAAGACCGGACCUAGAAUCUUGCCAGAAGAUCCCUAUGAAAGAGCCAUAGUUCGUUUCUGGGCUAAUUACAUUGAUCAGCAUCUUAUAGCCAGCACGGCUAAGCUGUGGAAGUCAAGUGGAGAAGAACAAGAGAAGGCUCAAGAGGAAGUGUUGGAAAAAAUAAGAAUUGUGGAAGAGGGAAAUCCUGAAAUCCAUGGAAAUGAAUUGGGGCUCUUACAAAUCUUGCUGGUUACAACAUUUGGAUCUCAUAAAGCAUAUGAAGAGGUCCUUGGUGUGAAGAUUUUGGUUCCAGAAAACACCCCACUACUUUAUUCAUGUGUCACAAGUUUAAACGAGUUGACACUGGUGAAACAAAUUUGUUCUCCUCAUGAUAUGCUUGUGUCAAAGCUCAAAAUCUAUAGGCAAAAUGCCUUAAAAUCCACCACCCGCUGAGCUACUGAUUUUCUGGAAGAAAUACUUGUGAAACAUGUCUGCUGUUUUUUUUAUUGUUACAUAGGGGGAGGGGAAUAGUGAGAAUUAUUGAAUCUGCACCAACUGCGUGUUAGUGGUAACCGCAGUUCAAUUAAAUACUAUUCUAAAUAAUUCCCAGCCACAGCGUCAGUCGUGUGGAUUCUGCUUGUAAUAAGGUCUGUGACCACGCUUGAGAUCAUUUGUGAAAUGUAAUAUUUCAAAUUUCUGAAACCAUGACAUCUUUCAACUUCUAGUUUA